CAAUUCUGUUUUUAGCCGUGACGUCACAAUGACGCUGUAGGCAGAGGGCGCCACGCUCACUCCCGUCGCGUGAGUGAGGAUCUCCAGAGGAUGACGAGUUAUGCCAGUCAGAUUUUCUGCAAGGUGGAGAGCUUUUGUGUCCAUCUCCCGGUGCUCCUCAACACCUUCCUGGUCUUCUCCAUUACCGGAGAGGUGAGCUAUCUGGUGCUGGUGGAAGCUCCGCUCGACCCGGAGCAGAGGAAGGCGGACUGGUCCGGCAGGUGGAAGGUGGUUCACCUGCUCUCCCAGUACUUCAUGUUGGGAAGCAUCUGCUGGAACGCGCUGCUCUUCGUCAGGACCAGUCCCAGCAUCAAAGGCGUGUUUCUUGGGGGAGAGGUCAUGGGCCAGGGUUGGAGGUACUGCUACACGUGCGAGACGCACACGCCGCCACGCUGCUCUCACUGCUACGACUGCAAAGUGUGUGUGCUGCGUCGAGACCACCACUGUGUGUUCUUUGGCCAGUGUGUGGGCUUCCGUAACUACCGUUACUUCCUGAGCUGCCUGCUGUUCAUGUGGUGCGGCCUCCUCUACGCCACCCUGAUGAACGCCGAGGUCUUCAUUGUCAUUCUGAAGGAAGGUGUGACGGUGCAUAGUGUGCUGCUGCUGCUCCUGCCGUGGAUCAUGUUAGUCUCAGGUCAAGUCUCCGCUCGUGCCUUUACCUUCGCCUUCAUUGCAGACACUUGUGUUGUGGGAUUCCUUCUCGUCUCCGCCUUUUUUUUCUUCCAUCUGUUCCUGCUGUUUCGAGGACAAACCACCAGGGAGUGGUACUCGACCCGCAGGCCUUAUGACCUGGGACUCCUGGGCAACUUGAAACAUGCCUUGGGACGACGUUGGUACAUCUGCUGGCUCUCUCCGCUCAUACCAUCGCCCUAUCCUGGGGAUGGUAUAAACUUCACCCUCACCGGGUCCUUGGAUCCUUCACGGUAACGGCUUGAGUUCCGCGCUUGCAAGAAGGAAGAGAUUUUCGGCGUCGAUUAAAACAUGGUUGGAAAAGUGAGGGUGAUUUGAGGCUGGUAAGGUGGAGAAAAAAAGUGUGGCUUCACUGCGUGCAAUUGCUGACAUUGGUUGUGGUUUGCUCACCAAAAUGGUGUUCCUUUGGGAAUGCUUGCACUGAAAUGUGGAACGAGAAUGUACUUUUACGUUUUGCUUGAUUUCAAAUAGGGCGACUCAUUCUGAAAAGGCUUCCUCAUUUCUGAUCGAUAAAGAUGUCAAACAAUUCAAACAGGUGUCAUGUCAUGCACGAUUCCAGCACCUACUGUUGCACUUGUUCACACUGAAGUAGCAAGGCACAUAUCAAGUCUGCUCAUCAUUUUAAUUAUGUGAAUUAUUUAUAUUAAUAUUCGAAGGAUUUGAGGAAUUAAUUUGUCACGUUUACUGAUGUUUGUCUGAUUGCCUUACAGAAUUUAGUUCCCGAAAUAAAGAUUUACAAUGUUUAUGUCAUGUUGUCUGAGAGGUCAGAAACAACAAGAAGAAUAAUUCAUAAGUUAAUGUCUCCUGUGCACAACUGCUGCCUCCUCCUGUAAACAUAUCAGCUGAAACUUUUGUUUGAGGUUUACCAAAGUCGUGUAACGUCAUGAUGUACUUGAGUGACACUCACAGUGUACUCACUUAUUUCCUCAUUUAAAAUAGUUUUUUUUAUUUUUGUGAACUAUAAAUGGCUCUUGUUGAGUAUUUGUUCUUUUUAUAUCGCAGUGAGAUAAAAAAAAAAUCAU